GUGUCUUUUGAAUUUUGCCAAAGGGAGGAAAAAAGGGCGACUACCCUCUUCUGACGACGCCUCGGCGGCAGCACGAUAAAUCUCCGACAGCAGAAAAGCCAUCCUCGCUUCGGCUCCGACUUCCUCCUCGUUGAAUAGGUCCAACUCAAAUCUCAUACAGGUAAGAAGGGAAGAGGAUGACGAGGUACCAUGUGGGAGGAAAGGUGGUGCACGAGGUCGACUUGCUGAAGCUAAGGCAUUGGACAUGGCGCCUUGACAUUUGGCCCUUCGCGAUUCUCUAUUUCAUCUGGCUCCUUGCGGUUGUCCCCAACAUCGAUUUUAGUGAUGCUUUCAUCGUUCUCGGAGGGUUCGCGAUCUUGCACAUUCUCGUGCUGCUUUUUACAGCCUGGUCGGUGGAUUUCAAAUGCUUAGUUCAGUUCAGAAAGGUCAAUGACAUUCAUUCGGCAACUUCAUGCAAGAUAAUACCCUCUAAGUUUUCUGGUUCAAAAGAAAUUGUGCUUCUUCAUACAAGGAAAUCUGUGGUAGGGUCAUCAGCAUCUUCAACUGAGAAUGCCAACGAAAUAUAUUUUGUUUUUCGAAAGCAAUGCUUCAAUUUUUCUGCAGAGAAGAACACAUUUUGCAAGCUACCAUACCCUACAAAGGAAUCAUUUGGAUAUUAUCUCAAGAGCACUGGUCAUGGAUCAGAAACUAAAGUAGCUAGUGCAACUGACAAGUGGGGGCGAAAUGUGUUUGACUACCCCCAACCUACAUUCCAGAAGUUGCUGAAGGAGCAAGUUAUGGAGCCGUUUUUUGUGUUUCAAGUCUUCUGUGUUGGACUGUGGUGCUUAGAUGAAUACUGGUACUACAGUUUAUUCACACUAGGUAUGCUUUUUCUUUUUGAGUCCACAAUGGCCAAGGGUAGAUUAAAAACUCUGACUGAGCUCAGACGUGUACGAGUUGAUAGUCAGAUGCUGAUUGUGCACCGUGGUGGGAAGUGGGUUAAGCUUUCUGGAACGGAUCUUCUUCCUGGAGAUGUUGUCUCUAUUGGUCGCUCUGGUCAGAAUGGGGAAGAUAAAACAGUUCCAGCUGAUAUGCUUUUAUUGGCUGGAACUGCCAUUACCAAUGAAGCUAUUCUCACUGGCGAGUCUACACCGCAGUGGAAGGUUUCAGUUGCUGGACAAAGUCUUGAGGAAAAGUUGUCUAUCAAAAGAGAUAAAAAUCAUAUUCUCUUUGGUGGAACAAAGAUAUUGCAGCACACUCCUGAUAAAACAUUUAACCUUAAAGCACCUGAUGGAGGGUGUAUUGCUGUUGUGUUACGAACUGGAUUUGAGACAAGCCAAGGCAAAUUGAUGCGAACAAUCUUAUUUUCCACGGAGAGGGUAACAGCAAAUAGCUGGGAAAGUGGUCUGUUCAUUCUAUUUCUGCUUUUCUUUGCAAUCAUUGCUGCAGGCUAUGUGCUUAAGAAGGGGUUAGAAGAUCCAACCAGGAGCAGAUAUAAACUUUUUUUGAGUUGUUCACUGAUACUCACUUCUGUGAUCCCUCCUGAACUGCCAAUGGAGCUUUCUAUAGCUGUCAAUACUUCUUUAAUAGCACUCGCAAGGCGUGGUAUUUUUUGUACAGAGCCAUUUAGGAUACCAUUUGCUGGGAAGGUUGACAUAUGUUGUUUUGACAAAACGGGAACUCUCACAUCAGAUGACAUGGAAUUCCAAGGUGUAGUUGGUUUGGAUGAUGAUGGAGCUCUACAGACUGAUAUGUCUAAAUUGCCUGUGCAUACUGUUCAAGUUCUGGCUUCAUGUCAUGCUUUGGUGUUUGUAGAGAAUAAACUGGUUGGUGAUCCUCUUGAGAAGGCUGCACUGAAAGGAAUAAAUUGGAUAUACACGUCUGAUGAAAAGGCUCUGCCCAAAAAGUCAGGUGGUCAAGCUGUGCAGAUUAUACAAAGGCACCAUUUUGCUUCUCACCUGAAGAGAAUGGGUGUUAUAGUUCGUAUACAAGAUCAGUUUCUUGCAUUUGUGAAGGGUGCACCAGAAACUAUUCAAGAUAGGCUAAUUGAUGUACCUGCUACUUAUGUCAAGACAUACAAAAAGUAUACUAGGCAGGGAUCUCGGGUCUUAGCUCUUGCAUACAAGACACUUCCAGAAAUGGCUGUCAGUGAAGCUAGAAGUUUAGACAGAGAUGUGGUCGAAAAUGGUCUGACUUUUGCUGGCUUUGCGGUUUUCAAUUGUCCUAUCCGAUCUGAUUCUGCCACUGUUUUAUCUGAACUGAAAGGUUCAUCACAUGACUUGGUAAUGAUUACUGGUGAUCAAGCUUUGACAGCUUGCCACGUGGCCAGUCAAGUUCACAUUAUCACAAAGCCUGCUUUAAUCUUGGUUCGAGGAAAUAACAGCACAGACUUUCAAUGGGUGUCACCUGAUGAAACUGAGAUUACUUCCUAUAGUGAGAAAGAGGUAGAACAACUGUCGGAUUCGCGUGAUCUUUGCAUAGGUGGGGAUUGCUUUGAAAUGCUGCAGAGGAGUGAAGCUGUGUUUAAUGUUAUACCUUAUGUGAAGGUUUUUGCACGGGUUGCUCCUGAACAAAAAGAACUCAUUCUAAAUACUCUUAAGACAGUUGGUAGGAUGACAUUGAUGUGUGGAGAUGGAACCAAUGAUGUUGGAGCGUUGAAACAAGCCCAUGUAGGAAUUGCUUUAUUGAAUGCUGUACUGCCAACUCAAAUGGGAGAAGCAUCAUCACAAACACAACCUUCUAAAUCUGAAAAUAAAGCUGGAAAAUCUACGAAACCAAAGUCAGUGCUUGAGUCAUCCAAGUCAGUUGUGCCUGCCAACAAUACUGCAACGACAAGCAACCGUCACCUAACAGCAGCUGAAAAACAACGUCAAAAGCUGCAGAAGAUGUUGGAUGAGAUGAAUGAGGAGGGCGAUGGUCGUAGUGCUCCAGUUGUGAAACUUGGUGAUGCCUCAAUGGCUUCUCCAUUUACUGCAAAGCAUGCCUCUGUAGCUCCCACCCUUGAUAUCAUUCGUCAAGGUCGGAGUACGCUUGUGACUACCCUCCAAAUGUUUAAGAUUCUUGGCCUAAACUGCUUGGCGACGGCUUAUGUGCUCAGUGUCAUGAACCUGGAUGGAGUGAAGCUGGGAGAUGUCCAGGCCACCAUCAGUGGGGUAUUCACAGCUGCUUUCUUCCUUUUCAUCUCGCAUGCUCGUCCACUGCAGACACUAUCUGCUGCCCGACCUCAUCCAAAUAUCUUUUGUGCCUACGUGUUUCUUUCUCUAACUGGUCAAUUUGCGAUGCACUUGUUCUUUUUGAUUUCAUCUGUUAAUGAAGCCUCAAAGUAUAUGCCAGAGGAAUGUAUUGAACCAGAUUCAGAGUUCCACCCAAACCUUGUGAACACUGUAUCAUAUAUGGUCAACAUGAUGAUCCAGGUUGCAACAUUUGCUGUGAACUACAUGGGGCACCCAUUUAAUCAGAGCAUAUCCGAGAACAGGCCGUUCAAGUAUGCAUUAUUUGCUGCAGUGGGCUUCUUCUCUGUGAUCACUUCAGAUUUGUUUAGGGAUCUGAAUGACUGGUUAAAACUUGUUCCACUACCGGAGGUAAUUAGGGGGAAGUUGAUGCUUUGGGCUAUGCUCAUGUUUGUAGGUUGCUAUGGUUGGGAAAGGCUGUUACGGUCGCUAUUUCCAGGUCGAAUGCCAGCACGGAGUAGACGUCAGAAACAAGCAGCAGUUUCCUUGGAUAAGAAACAAUUGUAAUCCAUUUCACAGAGUUAGGGUACACCAAGCAACAUGUCCACAUUGAACUGAUCAAGAGACCUGGCGAGUUCCACAGGAUUGCUUGUCAUAACAAAUGUAGUCGAAACAAUUUUGUUGUACCAUGUGAUAUUCACAUGCAAAAAUUCUAAAUUCGCAUUUCAUCUUCGCCUAGUUAAACUAUUCCAAACUAUCUAAGAACCAUACCUGUCAUUUUUAUUUUUUGUUGCUUAGUAUUUCCAUUGUGCUGCUGGGGAAUCAAAAGCAAGACCUAAAGGAUUUAUUUUAUGACAGCGUUCUGUUUCCCUUUGGGUGAACAGUCAUUUUUUUU